AUGAGUUCUGAAAAAAACGCAACCACGCCAACACCCAUAUUGUGUGAAAACAACUGCGGGUUUUAUGGCAACCCUGCAAAUAAUAAUUUAUGCUCUAAAUGCUAUAGAGAAUUUCAAGAGAAAAAAAAAAAAGAGAUAUCUGAAGGGGAGAAAAUGAAUGAUAAAAAUAUGAAUGAUACAUUAAAUAAUUAUAAUAAUAAAAUAAGUGAAAUAAUGGAACCAACGUUUGUAAAUGAGAAACAAACGGAAAAUGAUAAAAAUAGUUACAUAAAGGAAGAAAAUUCUUCCAUAAUAAACAAUGAACAAAAUAAAGAAAGUGAAAUACAACCAGUAAACUUAUGUGAUACAGAAGAAAAAGAUAAUUCUAGUCAACCUGUCGAGGAUAAAAGUAAAUGUUUCUUCUGUUCUAAACGUAUAGGAUUAGUAGGAAUUAAAUGUAGAUGUAAUCAUUAUUUCUGUUCACUUCAUAGAUAUGCUGAUGCACAUAAUUGUACAUUUGAUUAUAAAAAUUAUCAUAAACAACAGCUAAUAAAAAAUAACGUUAAAGUUGUUGCAGAUAAAGUGGAAAAAAUAUAA